AUGGCGUUCUCAACUUCCAACCCCGCCGCGCCUGUCCUGGACAAGCACGACAUGGCGGAGCCGAUCAAGCCUAGUGCCGAGGGCUUUCCGCUCCACGCGGACAGUUCCCCGUCGGCUCGCAAGUUCGCCGAGGGGGAGAACGCGAAGAAUUUCUGUCGCGUCGUAGUGCGUCCGGCGAAGGGCGGCGAGGAGGGCAAGGCGGGCGAAGGCAGCAAGCUCGCGGCAUCUUCCCAGGCUCUGGAAAUCCAAAAGCUGCUCUCCGAACAGUCCCCCGCGACUGCGAAGCGCCUUAUCUUCUCCGCGACCAAGACCACGACUACCACGUGCACGCUGACUAAGACCGUCGGGAGCGGCGGCCUGAACGGCUGCGUGGAAGCGGACGGAACGGAGAAAGCCGAAGCCGAAGAGAACGCAAAGGGCCCGCGAUGGUUUUCGGCGGCCGCUGACAUGGUCCAGAUGGGCUGGAAGGCGACCAAGGAAGCACUCCUCACACACGCCUCCACCGCCGAAACGCAAGCUGAUGAAGUUGAGCGCGAGAUUGCGCGCUUCGUGCCGUCGGUGCAAGUCGUGGACUUGCCGCUCCAUCUUUCCUACACGGUGCCUGAAGUGAAAACCCGGAUGGUUCACUACACGUUCGAGUGCCCAGCGCGCGGAUGCUCGCGGCUGGUGCCUCGCGCCUUCCCGGUCGACACGCCGUUCAUCGUGCCGCAGUUUCAGGACGUGCGUGUGCCGGUCGUGAUGUCGCAGACCUUCGUGCCCGAGCUGCAUGAGUCCGCGAAAAUCAUUCAGGUGCCGGUCGCCCGCUACGUGCCGAAGCUCGUCCCCGUGGACGUCUACGUGCCCAGACCUGUCGCCGUCCCCAUCAAGGCCGAGGAACUCCGUCAAGUGACCAAGAGCGCGGAAGUCAGCCCCGAACUCCUCCACCAGCUAAGCGUCGAAAUGAACCCGCACCUCGAGGCCCUCAACCAAUUCAACGCUCGACAGGCUGAAGUCUUCAACCAGGUCGUGAACAAGGCCAACGAGCUCGCAGCUCGCGUGGAAGUUGAACCCCCGGCUCCCGAACGCAUCGAGGUUGACGCUGCAUCCACUGGCGUCCGCUCGGUCGUCGAUGAACAGGGCUGCAAACGCCUCGAGGUGGACGUCGGCGGUAAGGACCCCAAGUCGUUGGAGGUGACGUUCAACCGCCUGCAGGAAGACGUGAACCCAGACAAGAGGAACACGGAGACCGUGAACCUCACCGAGGACGUCAUCCUCUCGGUGUACCGCGACUUGGACGGCGGGCACCUGAAUCGCUUCCCAUCCGGCAACGUGGGCAUUCCGAUGGUCUACCGCGCGCCUGAACAAACCGCGUUGGGACUCAAGGGUCCCAGCGGCGAGCCUGCGCGUCUGGCGAGCCUGACCGACGAGCUGGGCGAUGGCGAAGGCACGUCGGCGACGACUACGGGGGACGCGUCGCUGCCUGGAGCCGCGGUCGGCCCUGAGGAGAGCACGACCACGGUCGCGCGCCCCGACAGCGCCCCCACGCCCCUCUCGGACUAA